CAAACAAGAAAGGCCACUUGGUUCGCUAGCACCAUCUUGUGGGCUUGGAGCUUCAUUCAGCUUUUGGCACCUGAAUUCUUCUAGCCUUCCUUAUCCUAUAGCGACGUGCCAGCAAGCAACAAUCAAAGGAAACGAAAAAGCUAUAAUUAUCUGAAAUCUUAAAGAGUAAUUUCAUUCAUCUUUUGUUCUGUACAUGAAAUUCCGUCCUGUCUUCUUCAUCAGAAGAUGACCCUGAUUCGCCGUACCAUCACCGCAUUCUUCCUUUCUUUGUCCCUGUUUUGCCUUUCCAUUCUCGUCGUCGUCGAUUCUUACGAUCCCGUUGACAUCUUCAGCAUCAACUGUGGUUCUCGUGGAAAUUCUUCCCUAGGAAACAGGACAUGGAUUGGAGACAUCGAUUCAAAGCUCUUGUCUUCUUCACAAGACAAAUCCAGUCCUGCUACUGCAAUCAAUCAAUCUCCCUCCACCAUUCAGGUUCCGUACACCACAGCUCGUCUCUCUCGUUCUAAGUUCACCUAUUCUUUUCCUGUUACUCCAGGUCAGAAGUUCGUUCGCCUUUUCUUCUACCCAACCUCGUACCCAGGUUUUGAUUCCUCUAAUGGCUUCUUCACGGUGGAAUCCGGUGGGUUUACUCUGCUUAAGGACUUCAACGCUUCUCUCAAUGCUCUGGCUGAAGGUAGUGACACCUUGCUCAGAGAAUAUUGCGUCAACGUCGAUGAUGCUGGGAGGCUCAACUUGACCUUUUCUCCUAACUCGACGAACCCAGAUUACUAUGCUUUCAUCAAUGGAAUCGAGAUCGUCUCCAUGCCUACUGACCUUUACUACACAGAAUCCGACGGUCAAGGGGUUCCAUUUGUGGGUCGUAGUGGAAGCUUUUUCACUAUCGGAAAUAACUCUGCUUUGGAAAAAGAGUAUCGGCUUAACGUUGGUGGAAAAGCAAUAUCUUCUGAUUACGACACGGGGAUGCUCAGGUCUUGGGAACCAGAUGAUUCUUUUGUGAAGUCUCCGAGUUACUUACCUGUUCAAAUUCUACCUGUGAAUCUUACUUACAGCAUAGAACCUGAUUAUACAGCACCUGUUGAUGUCUAUUUAACAGCAAGAGAUAUGGGAAAAAACGCUACUUGGAACAAGUUGAAUAACCUUACUUGGGAAUUCUCUGUAGAUUCUGGGUUUACCUACAUGGUUAGGCUUCACUUUUGCGAGCUUGACCCAAACAUUACAUCUUCUAGUGACAGAGCGUUCUUCAUCUACAUAGCUGGACAGGUUGCUGAGGAUAACGCAGAUAUUCUGAAAUGGGGAAAGCAAAAAGGGGUUCCGGUUCACAGAGAUUAUGUUGUUUCUGUAAGAGGAAAUCAGAAGAAGGAGAAGCUUUUGCUCCAAAUGCAUCCUCUCCCAGAUAGCAAAACUGUUUACAGCGAUCCGAUCUUGAACGGACUUGAGAUUUUUAAAAUCAGCGACCCAGCAAGCAAUAAUCUCGCCGGACCCAAUCCUGACCUUCCACCUCUUCCUCUGACGCCACCGACGUCAGUUCAGAAAUCCAAAAAAAGUAGCAGUAAUACAACGACAAUAGUCGGCGUCGUUGUUGGUGUGGUUGCCGGCAUCAUUUUACUCUUCAUUAUUGGUGCUUUCUUCCUCAUCAGACGGGGGAAGAGGAUCAAGGAUUCAAAGUCCAGUGAUGCAGGCUCCAAGUGGGGUCCACUGUCGCAUUCCACGGCGAAAUCCACCACCACGACUGCCUCCACUCUGCCGUCCGAUCUCUGCCGUUACUUUUCAAUCGCUGAGAUCAGAGCCGCCACCAACAACUUCGACGAAGUCUUUAUCAUCGGCAUCGGAGGAUUCGGCAACGUGUACAAAGGCUACAUCGACGACAGCACCAUCCCGGUGGCGAUCAAGCGGCUUAAACCGGAUUCACAACAAGGGGCCCACGAGUUCAAAACCGAGAUUGAAAUGCUCUCACAGCUUCGUCACCUUCAUCUAGUUUCUCUUAUAGGUUACUGCAACGAAAACAACGAGAUGAUCCUGGUCUACGAUUUCAUGGCUCGUGGGACCCUCCGUGACCAUCUGUAUAACUCCGAAAACCCACCUCUUACAUGGAAGCAAAGGCUUCAGAUUUGUAUCGGAGCAGCAAAGGGAUUGCAUUAUCUUCAUUCAGGUGCGAGAUAUACUAUCAUUCACCGCGACGUGAAGUCGACGAAUAUCUUACUCGACGAGAAAUGGGUUGCCAAGGUUUCCGACUUCGGACUAUCCAGAAUCGGACCGACGGGCAUGUCGAAGGCUCACGUCAGCACAGUGGUGAAGGGCAGUAUGGGGUAUUUAGACCCAGAAUACUACAAACGCCAACGUUUGACUGAGAAGUCCGACGUGUACUCCUUCGGCGUGGUGCUGUUCGAGAUAUUAUGCGCCAGGCCGGCGCUGAUACGUACGACGGAAAAGAAACAGGUGUCACUUGCUGAUUGGGGCAAGCAUUGCUACCAAAUGGGGUCGCUGGAUCAAAUUGUGGACCCAGAUUUGAUAGGAAAGAUAUCGCCAGAGUGUUUGAGGAAGUUCGGCGAGAUAGCUGCUAGCUGUCUACUGGACGAUGGGACCCAGCGGCCAUCCAUGAACGACGUCGUUUGGGGAUUGGAGUUUGCAUUGCAGCUGCAGGAGAACGCAGAACAACAGACAAACGAAAGUGAAAGAGAAGAGGUUGGUGGAGGAGGUAAAAGCUCUGAGGGUAGCCAUGACGAUUUGUUCAGUAGCAGUAGCGGAAUGAGUGUAGGGGCAUUUCCGGAAUUUAACAAGGGUUUUAGUGGAGUGAGCAUGAUGACAAGUAGCGGAGGCCGUAGUUAUGGGACGAAGGAAACAGAUUCGUUGAUGACAGUGAAUAUUUUUUCAGAGAUCGGAGAUCCAAAAGCACGAUGAAUGGAUAAAGUGUUGAAGCUUGAACGUACUAUUUUGUGACAGUAUUUUAUUUUUCUGCGGAUAUGUCAUCAGGCGUAAGCGUGUGCGUGGAAGUUGUGUUUUGUUAACUAGGAUUGUAAGUUUUAAUAUUUUUUCCUUUGUUGGGUUAGAUGUAAGCUGUAAUUGUUAGUCAUAUUCUGACAUUCCUGAAUUGCUAGAAGCAUUUCAAUCAAUGUCAAGUAAACAGUUACUGCUAAUAGUAUUAUACGGCAGAUUGUUUCGAGUUUAA